CUUACCCUGCUCCUCACUGUUCCCCUGAUCUUGCCCUACUAUCGGAGUAUAAGUUCCAACUGACUCUGUAGAUAACUGAAGCCGUGUACACAGUAGGUUCCCAAUAAAUGUUAAGUGAACAAAUAAAGCAGGUAGUAUCUCCUGGGGAGACCUGGCCAGCUCAUGUGGGCCUGCUAGGGGGUAUCUCUGGUCAGCUCAUGGUGAGGAACUCUCUGGAUGGGGCAGGUGUGUUUGGGUAAGUGCUCUAGCCUGAGGGGUUCAGGACCAGGUCAGAAUUGGGGUUCAGGGUGCCUCUUUCCUGUUGGAGCAGAGCUGGGUGGAGCAGGCCAACAGGUUGGGUGGCAUAGCCCAGUCAACAGUCACCUCCAGCAUAAAACCCCACUUCAUGGAGCCCAGUGCCUCACAAGUGCCAGGAGCUCCCUCCACCACUGCCGACCCUGGCCCAGCUUUGCCAGCCUGAGGACAUGAGGCGAUACCUGGCCCCCAUACCCCUCCUGCUGCUCCUGCUCUUCCUAUUGCUGAGGUUUGGGAUUCAAGAGGCCAAGAUACCAGUAGUUUGCGGGCACCGGAGGAUGCUGAACCGGAUGGUGGGCGGGCAGGAUGCCAUGGAGGGCGAAUGGCCCUGGCAGGUUAGCAUCCAGCGCAACGGAAGCCACUUCUGUGGGGGCAGCCUCAUCACAGAGCAGUGGGUGCUCACUGCAGCACACUGCUUCUACAAUACUUCUGAAACUUCUCUGUACCGGGUGCUGCUGGGGGCACGGCAACUGCUGCAGCCAGGGCCACACUCCAUCUAUGCCCAUGUGAAACGGGUAGAGAGCAAUCCCCUGUAUCAGGGCAUGGCCUCCAGUGCAGAUGUGGCCCUGGUGGAGUUGGAAGCACCAGUGACCUUCACCAACUACAUCCUCCCCGUGUGCAUGCCUGACCCCUCAGUUGUUUUUGAAACAAACAUGAACUGCUGGGUUACGGGCUGGGGCAGCCCCAGUGAGCAAGACCACCUGCCCAACCCUCGGAUCCUGCAGAAACUUGCUGUCCCCAUCAUUGACACACCCAAGUGCAACCUACUCUACAGCACAGAUACAGCAUCUAGCUUCCAGCCCAAAGCCAUCAAAGAUGACAUGCUCUGUGCAGGCUUUGCUGAGGGCAAAAAGGAUGCCUGCAAGGGUGAUUCCGGGGGACCUCUGGUGUGCUUCAUGAACCAGACAUGGGUACAGGCUGGCGUCAUCAGCUGGGGUGAGGGCUGUGCCCGCCAGAACCGCCCUGGUGUCUACAUCCGGGUCACUUCACACCAUGAUUGGAUCCACCGUAUCAUCCCUGAGCUGAAGUUCCAGUCAAGCAAAAUAGGUGGCCAUUAGUAAGACCCCUGCCAGGCUGUCCAUGUGGCCCUGCUGGUCCUUGGGGUGCUAUUCGCUGUCCUCUAAGUCCACCCCACUAGGCAACAUGCCACCCAUGUACAUGUGUAAAUAGCUCUCUAUCCUGCCCUAUCUUAAAUGCCAGGUAUUUUUAUUUAUGUUUAUUUCCAAUAAAAUCAGUGCCAAAUG